AUCAUGAUACAUGAUGUACUCUUCUGAGUUUGCAAGCCAAGACAUGAGCAUGAUUUGCUGGUGCGUUUCCUGAUCUAGUUGCUACUAAUGAGUGGAACUGCAAAGAUGAUGGUAAAAGAAAACAGAGCAGGACCAGAGCAGUGUUGUGCUGUGUUGUAAAGAGAGAGAAGCAACAACCAAGCAAGGCGAAGCCCACCACCACUACCACUACUCUAAUCAGCAGCAGCAGCAGCAGCAAAGCAAAUAGAAGAAGGCGGCAGGACCAGCGCAGCGCACCCACCCCAACCCAAUAAUCUCUCUUUCCUUUCUUCUUCCUCUCACCACCAUCCUCUUCCCUUUCCCCCACGCCCCCAAUUCCCUUCUGCAUCUCAGCUGUUCGGGAAGGAACAGGAAUAACCGGAUAAGGCCGGGGGCGGGCGCGGGCGCGGGCGCGGCUAUGAUCUCCUCCUCUUCUUCGCCGCCGUCGUCCUCGUCUGCCGCGGCGGCAAGCCGCUCCGGUAGCAAUAAGCCGCCGCCGCCGCCGCAGGCCAGCAAGUGGCGCAGCGGCACGCAGCACAAGAUCUACGGGCGCCGCCUGCUGGACGCGCUCCGCGCCACGGGCGGCGGCCAGCCGCGCGCCGUCAAGGCCGCGGCCGACUCGGCGCUGGCGCUCACGGCGCGCGGCCAGACGCGCUGGAGCCGCGCAAUCCUGCUGGCCGGCGCCGCCUGCAGCCGCCGCCGCGUGCUGGUGAAGGCGGGCGGCAAGAUCCGGCGGCGCCACCGCCGGCCGCAGCAUGCCAAGAGCAAAGCGGCCUCUUUUGCAGGGGCGGCGGGCGAUUCGAAGGAGGGCGGCAAGGUGCAGGAGCGGCUCCGCGUGCUGGGCCGCCUCGUCCCGGGAUGCCGGAAGCUCCCCGCGACGGAGCUGCUCGAGGAGGCGGUCGACUACGUGGCGGCGCUGCAGAUGCAGGUCAACACCAUGCGCGCGCUCGCCGACGCGCUGGCGGCCGCACAGCUCUCCGACGCGGAGAGGUGAGGAGGAUUGGUUGGCCUGGCAGCCUGGCAUGGCCCCAUGACAUGAUUGAUUGAUCACCAACCGACCUGCAGCCAGCUGAUCGGGAUUGGGAGGAGGGCGAUUGCAUUACUCUAUGAAGUACUAGUAAUCAUUGCGCUCCGUUGCUUUGAUUGGGAACGAACGAUUAAAUGGUGGGAUUGUCAUGAACUAAUGAUCCAUGCAUAUGCUCAUGGUUUGUAAAUUCCUUUCCUUGCUUGUUGACACUUCUCUUGUUACUGAUGGAUGGAUGAUCCAGCUACUGGAGUAGUACUUCUUUGUGCAAGUGAAUGCUGCUCGCCUGCUCUUCGUCUUGUAUUGUUUCUGCUCUCAUCUGCUGUGCUGUGGAGUACCUACCUACUCAUCUGUAUGUUUGGGAAUAGAUUGUUCUCUUGUGCUGC